GGCGGAAGAUGGCGGCGGCGGCGGCGGCUGGGACAGGUCCAGGGGUCCCAGAUGGGGAACCGGAGGGGUCAAACCGCGAUCACAGUGCUUUUGAAUGCAACAUCUGCCUGGAGCCUGCCAGAGAAGCUGUCAUCGGCCUGUGCGGCCACCUGUACUGCUGGCCUUGUCUUCACCAGUGGUUAGAAACUCGGCCGGAGCGUCAGGAAUGUCCUGUGUGCAAGGCGGGCAUCAGCCGCGACAAAGUCAUUCCUCUCUAUGGGCGUGGAAGCUCUGCUCAGCAGGAUCCCAGAUUGAAAACUCCCCCACGACCUCGAGGGCAGCGCCCGGAGCCUGAGUCGCGAGGGCAGGGCAUUGGCAGUUUCCCUGAAGCGACCACGGGCUUCCACAUGGCAUUUGGCAUUGGCGCAUUCCCUUUUGGCUUUUUUGCCACGGGCUACAGUGCUCCAGGAGAAAGAGCAGAUACAGAGGCGGCCAGACCAUCCAGCUGGCAAGAUUCGUUAUUUCUUUUCAUUGCCAUCUUCUUUUUCUUCUGGUUACUCAGUAUAUAACUGGCUGGACCCCGCUGAGCUUAACCUGUACUAAAAAAAAUAAUCUAAAGAACAGAACGAAAGGACUUUGAUAUUGGUGGGGAUGAUGGGGGGUGGGGAGAGAGAGAAAGACUGAUUUUGGGUGGGUGGCUUUGCUUGUUGAACGCGUAGGAGAGACGGAAAGGGGUUAAAAUGCUAUAUGGUGGAGUGAAAUUCUCUCUUUUUCAUCCCCCCACCCCCAUCCUGAGAAUUAAAACCAUAAUAGGGCUGCUUGCUUCUUCAAGUGGUUUGCAAAUGGUUGUCUGUAUACAACCCCAAGCUAAUUACAGAUUGAAAUGGGGAGUAUAUAUGCUAGAAUGAUUCCUUUCUAUUCUUCAAGGAAAGAUCUCAAAUGUGAGGGCAAUCUCGAAUUACGGUAAAAGGUUGGAGAGACCGCCAGAACAAGCCCACACGGAAGACUCAUUCUUGACUCAUUCGUUCCAUCGGCUGUCAAUUUGUCUUAUUGAGCCAAAGUGGCUAGACCUGUCACUUUGCAUAAAAGUGCACAGCGUUGAGGAAAGGGAAUUUGGCAGGGCGAGCAGGGGUGGCACAGAUUCUGCCUUUGAUAGAGAUGUGGUGGGGAGCCUCCCUUGUUCAACCCGCAGCCCACAGGACGUGAUUGUGGAAGGCGAAGAUAUUUGAAAGUGAGAGGCAGGGAAAGAGAAGACCUGUCGCUUCAGAAUCCCACAGGAAGUAGCUGCACAAUUCUUUUAAUUUAAUUUCCCCAAAGAGUUUCUCUUGGCUACCUUUUUGAUAGGGCAAACUGCCUGAGUUUUGAUAAUGCAUAUGCUAUGGUGGGUAUCUUUCUCUCCCCCUCCUUUCUCUUUGAGGAAGGUUAUUUAAUCCCUUUUCUGUUGGAGUAACCUAACCCUUUGAGAUGAGGGAUGCUUGUUAAUGCUUCAUCCAUCCAUCCGACUCUUCCAACAAUGUUGGGGGGGGGGGGGAACGUUUGCGGGUUGGUGAGGGACGAUAGAUCAUCAGACAUUGUAGUCUUGACUAACAGUAUUUUGUGGUCCAAAACUUCCUUGAAUAAUGAUUUCCUUUGUGGGUGAGAAAGAAGGGAUGUGAUGUCGAUUAACCAAUGCUUUAAUUAAAUUCACUCAUGAUUCCUA